GAACGGGCGCUAUCUAUCGAAUUUUCAGAACAGCUUCUAUCAGCUCGUCCCGUCCCGAAAUCUGAUCUUCCUCUAGGAUUCAGAUUAAAGCCACAAGGUUGAUGAUCGCUUUGUUGCAUGUCGGAACCUUUCAGCCCCCAAGGACAAGAAGAGGGAGGAGGUUGUGAUCUCCCCCUGACUCGGCUCGGGUUGUACAGAUCUCGCUAGAGGUUUUAGCGGGCCGGGUCUUCGGAACGCGCUCGCCUGAAUUGAUUUUUGGCACGUCGUCGCGUCUGAACGCGUCGUCCUCAAUUUCGCGAUUCAACAACAUUUUGCAACAACGACGAUAUUCGCAACAAUGAUCAGACAGGACUUUUCGCGUAUCGAUCCGAAGAGGAGGACGGGACUGGAUCAUAGGAAGAAACAGUUUGCAACACCAGUGUACCAGAAUUUGGAGUACAAGCACAGGUUGAACUUCUACGUUACGCCUCCAACGGCGGACAUCACUCUCGAGCAAUUCGAGCAAUGGGCCAUUGAUCGUCUGCGAGUUCUGGCCGAGCUUGAAGCAUGCUCGUUCAGGAAUAAAUCUCCCGCCGAAACUGCAGAGCACAUGAAGCCACUGCUCCAAAAAUACCUCCCUCUCGCAUCCUCGAGCUCAGGAUCCUCGACUCUGCAAGCCGAAAGACAGAAGGAUCACUACAGCCACUUCAUCCUUCGACUCGCAUUCGCAUCAACGGAGGACCUGCGACGGCGAUUCUCCCGUGUCGAGUCGAUGUUGUUUCGUCUCAGGUUCCAAGCGGAUGAUUUGAAGGACCGACAGGCGUUUGUCGAGAGUCUAAAUUUGGAUUGGGAGACUGUUAGUAGCGAGGAGAGAGCGAUGUAUGCGCCACAAUUGCAGGCUGCCGGUGGCGGAUAUCCGAAGAAUAUUGAGGAGGAGAGCUUUUUCAAGGUAGAUUGGGAGAGAGUGCCCGAAUUGGUGGAGAAUCGAAGGGUAUUUCUGAAUGCUGGGAUGGCGUAUGUUCCAGGGAGAGAACAACUUUCUAUGGUUGUAGCAGAGUUUACCAGUCGAUUGGAUAAAGCUCUUGAGCUUACUUCUCGUGCAUUACCCCGCCUCGAUGAGGACGAUCGAUUGACUCCAAUUCUCAACCAUCUCUCCCAGAAUUUCACUACUCCAGAUGCAAACUAUUCCAACUCUACGACUGCAUUGCCUGGAGCUGAUAUCUCGGCACGGAAUGUCGAUGCUCUUUCUGCCUCAUUCCCACUAUGCAUGCAACACCUGCAUCGCUCACUUCGCCGAGAUGCACAUCUCAAGCAUUAUGGACGUCUACAAUACACAUUGUUUCUCAAGGGAAUUGGACUCAAUCUGGAAGAGUGUCUGGUGUUCUGGAGGUCAUCAUUCAGCAAGAUCACAGACGAUGUUUUCAACAAGGAGUACAGAUACAAUGUUCGACAUGCUUAUGGAGAUGUGGGUGGUGAUUCGAAUAGAAGAGGGAAUGGAUACAGCCCAUUUUCCUGUCAGAAAAUUUUGACAGAACAUCCACCAGGACCAGGAGAAGCACAUGGAUGUCCAUACAGGCAUUUCAGUGUGGAUAACUUGACUGCUCUUCUACAGCAAGUGGGCGUGAAAGAUCAUGAGGUGUUGCGAGGUGUGAAGGAGGACAAGGAGAAGAUGAAAUAUCAUUUGGCUUGCAAUAGGGUGUUUGAUUAUGUCCACAAGCAGGAGAUCAAGAAAGUCAAGGAUGAUGGAACCUGGACAAGUGCACAAUUGGAAACACUGGUACAUCCAAACGAGUACUUCAAAAGGAGUUACCUUCUCAAGAAUCUUGGCAAGAAUCCUGUAGAAGUAAAGGAGGAAGAGAAACCGGAUGUAGCUAUGGAGGAUUGAAUGUCAUUACAGGGACGGAAAUAGGCUGGCUUGGCGUUUGGCGUUCAAGGGGGUCAACUGGUGGAAUGAGUAAUGAUGUAUUGAGCCGUAAGUAUCAUGCAACUGGGUGCACAACUGCAGAAUCCCGAGC